AUGGCAGUGCGCCAGGCUGGACUAGAUGCAUUUUGGAUGCAAGGUGGCUCCCUCGUUCGUUCCUUGUUCUUCCCAGCAGCAAAGCUGUCUAGAGCGGAGAUCUGGCAACCAGGAGACUUGCUCACCCAUGCUUUUCCGAUGGCCUUUGAUAACGGGCGCGUCGCGCUCUUGGUUGGUAUGGUUGACAGCAGCACAUUGAUGUUGCUUUGCGCUCCAUGCCCUGACGUGUACGACGUGGAUGCAGAACUUGGUUCGCUUGGAACAGUUGUCGUGCGCGACACCCGGAGAUCAGAAGAUUACUUAGUACAGAGCAGAAAACAGAUGAAAGAGACGAUGGAUCUCAUGUGGCAGGAACGCUUGUUGCAGCAGUGCAUUCGAGAUUGUCCUUCUGAUGUGCCUUCCGAAGAGUUCGCUUCUGAGUCGCCGUAUCCGUUCUUCCCCUGGACACAAAACCAAAGCAAGUGGGCAGAGUAUCCCUGCGGCAUUCAGCAUGCUUUGCGACGGGGAAUGCACCUAUCGAUGAAUUCUCGCCCUCUUGUCUCACGUCUACCCCAUGACUUUAUCGUCGAGCUCUCUGAUCGAGGGUAUUUCACCUACGUAGAGGACAACGCAUGCGAUUCGCCGUACUCAUGGGAAUAUAUGCCGCCUACCAUGGAAUUCCACGACUACCUGGUGAAAGUCCUGAAACAUGAGGUACGUCCGGACCAACGUACAUGUUUCUGCUGUAUUGUGGAUUGGGAUGCUCUGUACGACGACAGUCAGCCUGAGUGGUAUGAGGAUUGGCGGUUGGCGAGAGAAGGAUUGACGGAACAAGGCGAGGACACUACGUCAGCGACCGUGGAGGCGGCGCUGCAUCGUCUAGGUAUUCAGACAACGUAA